AUGGCCCUGCUGAAGCGCGACUCUGCUGCCCGCGACGCAAAACCGCGCGACGCCUCCGCCUCCGCCUCCGCCGCCGCCGCCUCGCCCCUGGCCCGCGUCAUGCGCGAGUUUGAGCAGCUGGUGCUGGACUUUGAGCGCGGCCUGCAGCGCUCGCUCGAGGACCCCCGCGCCGCCGCGCAGCACGACGCGCGCCACUGGUGCAGCGACGACGUCCGGCGCCAGGCCUGCCGCCUGGCCAUCUCCGACCUCAGCGACAGGUACGCCCGCAAGCACAUCCGCCGCUCCCUCAAUGCCGCCGAGUCUGAGGGCAAGCGCGUCGAGGAGCAGCUGCACGACCUUUCGCUGGCCGCCACCCCGCACCGCGACAACGAGCUCGGCAUACACAACGGCUACUUCCGCUUGUAUUCGACCGAGCUCUUCGACCUGCUCGGCCAGCCCACCAACCUGCGCCUCGGCACCCUGCGCUUCCACAAGCACGACACAGCGCUCGCCUGCGACGACUCCCAGUCGACUGGCAUGGCCGUCGAGCUCGCCCUGAACAAUGCCUUCUUCGUCGCCGACUCUGAAGAGACACUGCCCUACCAUACCUUCCGCAUGCCCACGGCCCCGUCAUUACAGAACAGAGGCAUUCUCAGCCGAGACCCUGAUGACGACGGCGCCUUCCCCGACUUCGACUCAUGGCUGCUCUUCACAUUCCUCGGAAACGGCUGCAUAAAGCUCGAGGUUCCCAUCGAGAUGUGCGCCCAUGUAUAUGGCGGCCGUCUACGAGGGCGGGAGAACGAGGAAGUCACCUUCUGGGGCUUCUUCGUCGACGACGACAUUGAUUCAUAG